AUGCGGGUCGGCGUGUGGCUUCUCUGGCUGUCCUGGUUCUACACCUGGGCAGAGUACUCCCAGAGGUGCGAGUGCCAUGACAUCUGCCCAACAGAGAUGGAAGUGGACAAGAGGUCAAAGACCCGGGUCAGGGAGCACGUUCGUCACACGGCGGGACACCAUCACACACCUCACAAGAGCAGACCACACCGGAGAAAAGGCUCCAGAGUCCGCGCAGAACAGGAGACGCCACCCCGCAUCGUCCACCACCCCUCCGAUGUGGUUGUGAAGGUGGGCAACCCCGCCACGCUCUCCUGCCGGGUGGAAGGCAAUCCGAAGCCCACCAUCGAGUGGCUGCACAACGGCUUGCCCCUGGAUACUGACAGCCAUUUGUUACUGUUGUCAGAGGGCAGCCUCUUCUUCCUGAGCGUGGGCGGAAGCAGGCGAGGUCAGACACAAGAAGGCGUCUACGUCUGCGUGGCCAAGAACAGCGCAGGCACGGCCACCAGCCGUAAUGCAUCGCUGUAUAUAGCAGUGUUGCAGGAGGAGUUCAGUGUGCAGCCCAGUGAUGUGGAGGUGGCAGAUGGGGAGGUGGCUGUCAUAAACUGUGGCCCCCCAAUGGGACACCCUGAGCCUAACAUCCUGUGGAAGAAGGACGGCCUGCCUAUCAACAGCAGUGACCAUCAUUACACUGAGCUGAGUGGGAAGCUCAUCAUCGCUCCCGCAGGGAAGAAUCACUCUGGUGCUUAUGUGUGUGUGGCCAGCAACACUGUGGGAGUGAGAGAGAGCAGGGCAGCCCGCCUGUCUGUGCUGGUCAAGCCUGUGUUGGUGCUGAAGCCAGAAAAUGUGUCGGUGAGAACAGGGGAGUCUGCCCAGUUCUACUGCCAAGCUAAAGGUGAACCUCCACCUGUUGUGGUGUGGAGCAGAGAGCACGGGCCACUGCCCAAUGGCAGGUAUCUUAUAAACCCAGACCAGACUCUCCAGGUCCAUUAUGUGACAGUGCAGGAUGCUGGGAAGUACACCUGCUCUGCUGUCAAUGAUGCAGGUGUGAUCAGUGCCAGCGCUCAGCUACUAGUUGAAGAGGUUGUCAGCACUAAACAGAAAGACUUCCACAAGGAGCUGUCAGCCCUGCGAGUGGCUCUGGAAAACAUCACCAUAAUGGCCCCUGGUUCCAACAUGUCCCAAGUCCAGUGGAAGCUCCAGUCCCUCCCAGCUCAGCCUCAUUACCUCGACGGCUUUGAGGUUCUCUAUCGCUCUCUGCUUCCUGCCAGCUCAGACUGGGCAGCAAAGAACGUGAAAAUGCCGAGUUUCCAGACUCAGGUGGGACCCUUAAAGAGAGGAUACAAGUAUGAGUUCAAGGUUCGUCCCUAUGGCAGCAGCUUGUAUGGCAGAGAGAGCAACACCCGGCACCUCAGAGUCCCAGAGACAGUGCCCAGUGCUUCUCCACAGGCCGUGUCCAUAACUGUGAGCCAUGAGCAGAAUAACACCAUCCACCUGAGCUGGGAGCCUCCUCCUCAUGACACCCACAAUGGUAUCAUACAGGGUUACCAGGUGUGGUGUGUGGAGUCUGAGGAGCAGCAGUACCAAAACUGGACAGUUGAUAGCAGCCAACACAUCCUUGUUAUAUCCACUCUCAAAUCGGGGAAACGAUACUGGAUCACCAUAGCUGCCGUCAACGGAGCUGGAGUAGGAAUGCUAAGCGACCCUCAUGGAUUUGUCAUCAAUUCACAAGUAGAUGCACAGAUCCCCCUUGAGUCAGACAGACAGGAUCCAUCUCCGGUCCUGACCUUGCUGCAGGACCCAGUGUUGAUCGGUAGCAUUGGCGCCCUCCUGUGGUUUAUUUUCAUGGUUGCAGCUGUCUGCCUCUUCAGACGCCACAGCAGGACGGGUCACCUGAUACCAGGACAUGGCAGAGCUAAAGGUCUGCGCAGACUAGCCAGUGAAGACUACAUCAUAAAACACAGGAUGGCAGCUCCAGACUCUCCCUGGAUCUCAGGGGGCUGGAGACCUGCCUUCAGCCAGAAGUACCAGGACUUAUGGGCCCAAGGUCAAAAACAUCCAGGGAUCAGGAGCGCCAGCCUUCCAGUCUCAGCCAAAAGGGACCCCAGCUGCGUGGAUUCAGCUGUUCCCAUUGUGACCGACAGCUGUGGCGUCUACGGCACUUUCUACGUUGACCUGAUGGGAAACGGCCUCAAGACCUUCAACAGUCCAGGCCGUUGCUCUAAAAUGCCUCACGGUCUGUCCCAUCAGCAAGGAGAUGAAACCAUCCAAAUAUUCACUCAGCCUGUCGCUAAGUCCUCGCCACUCACUAGCCGGGAGGCGCUACCAUGGAAACAAGCCAUAAGACCUCAGCCCAGGAUGGGUGUGCUGAGGGAGUCAUGGGAAAAGAACCACAGCAAGCAAGAGCUGCAUGCAGUGAACAGUGUCCCCAUAGUGCCAACCAGGAACCAGGCAUGUCCAUCCAGCAUCUACAAACAGAGACUCAGUCAUGUACCAUCAGGCCUGCAUGGUUAUCAAGAGUCUGGUAAAGUCUCUGGCUGUCCUCGCUUGCUGCAUUACUCUGCAUCACUUCACCUGGUGGACAUGCUGCCCCCACCACCACCACUACCCAUAGAGGACAUCACAGACACACACAGCCUCACCUCAGACGAAGGCUCCAGUCGCUCCACUAAGCUAACUGUGGACAUGGGCUCCCUGCAGUCAGUGUCUGCUGCCUCAGGCCUCCGUUUGAAGCAAGGACCCACCACCACCAUGAACAGCAGCUGCCCCUCCUACAGCCACCUGUCUACUGCAUCAUACACCAUGUCAUUGGAUGAAGAACAGGAUGGUACACUGACAUCACAGGAAGCCACCCAGUAUCUGGAGCUCUGCCCUAAACCUGAGAGAUGCAGUGUCCUACCUGAGCAGCGUCCCUCCCUGCCCCACCCACUCUCUCCUACCCUGGGAUACAUGUAUGGACCAGUCCCGUCUGCUCAGAUGGAGGAUGAUGCUGCCUCUGACGGACCCGAGGCCCCACCGAUUGGCUUGCGUCACGCCCGCCUCCAAAGCUCACCUUCUUCCUGCUAUAGCGAAUGGGACAGCUCACUGUGGAACACCUGGAGCUCAGUCAUGGACGGCACCAUGGCCAGCGCCCGCACCAGCCUCAUCAGCUCAGUGGACAGCUGUUACACCAACGACAGCACCAGCUUCGCCCGCUUCCUGGCUGCAGCAGCAGAGACCAUGAGUGGAGCGUCUUUGUCAGACUUCACUCCGCCAGCCUCCCCCCUCAGCGGCUUGUACCCGCCGUUCCACACAGAAGGAGACCCGUUCGGGGAGCUGGAGCACGUUCCUGCCUGGGACUGGAGCAGGGCCUGGAUGGAGGAGAUGGAGGCUCAGUACAGAGCUCACUAUCCAGGCAGAAGCUCCAAACCCUUUGACACUUAACACCUCAGCAAGGAGAGCGACAGAAACAAGAUGACCGAACUUUAAGAACUUUUAGAAACACCUCACAGCAAUGUCAGAGGACAGACGUGACGCCUCAACAGCUACCUGUUCACUUUGCUGAGAGCGCUGGAAACAAUUUGAAGGUGUGAAUAAUUAAAGGUUUGAUGUGCAGCAAUUUCCCAAUCAUGAAGAGAUAAAUAUCCAGGUUUGAGAUAUAAUUAGAGCUAAAUCCUUGAUGUUUUGGGACACCUUUGCUAACAGCUGCACAUCUGCUGUUGCUGUGUGUAAUAGUCUUCCCAGUUCACCUCAGGGCAGUCCGGCUGCUAUUUCGCAUCCUUCAAAUGACUUCCAUUGAGUUUGUUAAGUUUUUUCUUUUUUUUCUCCCUUCUUCAUAUCCCUUCCUCUCAUUAGAGAAGAGGAUAAUGAGAUACUUCCCUCGGGAUGUUCUCACCCAGUGUGUUUUGAAAAGGCCAGAAAGACACAAAGACAGUGAGAAAGGAGUCAUUAGGCAGAAGAAAUACAGCGCUGGAGUUUUGUUUUUGUCUCACAGCACAUCAUUUGUUUCCUAUUUUCAUGUUUGUUUUUUAAGGGCUGAAGUCCUACCAAAUAGAGCAAAGAAUAGUUAUUUUGUACAGACCAAUUUACUGAUCAUUUUCUUAUGAUGAAGUGUAAAUAUGCAGCAUAUUCAACAAAUAUUAUUUAAAGAAAUUUUAAAC